AAAAUAUUCAACAAAGUGUACCGUAUUGCUGAAGCUUAUUUGCAUUAGUGGAAAGUGAGAAGAUCUUUCACAAUGAGUGGAUACGCACGGCCGCCCCCGAGAAUAGAUGGAAUGAUUUCGCUAAAAGUCGACAAUCUAACCUACCGCACAACACCGGAUGACUUGAGACGCGUGUUUGAGCGUUGCGGUGAGGUGGGAGAUAUCUACAUUCCUCGUGACAGACAUACGCGUGAAAGCCGCGGAUUCGCAUUUGUCAGGUUCUACGAUAAGCGUGAUGCCGAAGACGCACUAGAUGCCAUGGAUGGACGCAUGUUAGAUGGCAGGGAGCUCCGCGUACAGAUGGCACGCUACGGUCGGCCUACUUCACCACAGCGCCGCGGAAACCGUUACAACGGGCGUGAAAGAGGACGCUCCCGGGAACGGUAUCGCCGUCGUUCUCGCUCUCGCAGUCCCGAACACCGUCGCCGUUCGUACUCACGCUCCAAAUCACGCACUCCGCGUUCCCGUUCCGGGAGCAAAUCAUCCCGCGGCAAGGAUUCCCGCUCUCGUAGCCCUGCAGAACGUGGACAUUACUAGUGGAAAGGAGUGUAAAUUCUUUUAA